AAGUGAUUAACUACAAUGUCAGAAAUAAUAUUAAAUAACUACUCAGCGGAGUAUUUCCUCAGCUACAUCUUCAUGUUCUUAAUGUCUGGUCUCAUGUUUCUCUAUAUGAAACAUAGGCAAUCAAGACUUUACAAACUCGGCAACAAGUUACCUGGCCCUUGGGCAUUACCGUUUAUUGGUAAUGCACUCUCAGCCAUUGGGAUUAAAACAUCAGGCGUGGUGCCCAUAGCUUUAAUGUAUGGUAAAAAAUAUGGGCACGUGAUACGCGGUUGGCUCGGAACGAGACUGUUCAUAUUCCUGACACGAGCUGAAGAUGUUGAAGCUAUCCUCUCCAGCCAAGAACACAUUGAUAAGUCAAGUGAAUACGACUUAUUUAAACAUUGGCUUGGCGGCGGCAUACUUAUAAGCCAAGGUGAAAAAUGGCGUACUGACCGUAAAAUGAUUGCGCCAACAUUCCACAUGAAUGUAUUGAAGUCGUUCAUGCCCGUAUUUAAUGCAAAAUCCAAGGAUCUAGUAGAUCAACUGAAAUGUGAAGUUGGUAAAACGUUUGAUAUCCAUGAUAACAUGAGCGGUACAUCAGUUAACAUACUUCUUGAAACCGUUAUGGGUAUAAAUAGAAAAACAGAAGCUAAAUCUGGAUAUGAUUAUGCAAUGGCUGUAAUGAAGAUGUGUGAUAUAAUACAUCAAAGACAUUACAAAUUAUGGCUACGACUCGAUUUAACAUUCAAAUUCACAACGUUAUUUAAGAAACAAUUUGAACUCUUAAAUACAAUACAUGGACUUACCAAGCAGGUUAUUAAAGCCAAAAAGGAAAUAUAUUUAAGCAAUAAAGCUAGUGACACUAUUUUAAUUCCAAAAUUUAACGAACGAUUAAUUAAAUCCAAUGAUCACAAGCAACCUGAAGAAAAAACAGCAACUUAUUCGGAUGAUAUUUUCAAACAUUUCAAAGACGAUUUAGAUUUUAAUGAUGAAAAUGAUAUUGGUGAGAAGAAACGCCUAGCCUUCCUUGAUUUACUAUUAGAAGCCAAUCAAAAUGGAACAAACAAUUUUUCUGAUAAAGAUAUCAAAGAUCAAGUGAAUACCAUCAUGUUUGCUGGUCAUGACACAGUAGCAGCAAGUGCCAGUUUUGUCUUGUCCUUGUUGGGUGGUCACCAAAACAUUCAAGAUAGGGUAUAUCGUGAAUUGUUUGAAAUCUUUGGAGACACGAAUCGUCCCGCUACAUUUGCUGAUACAAUUCAAAUGAAAUACUUGGAGAGAGUAAUCCUUGAAUCAUUGCGAUUGUUUCCACCUGUCCCUGCUAUUGCAAGGCACUUAAAACACGACGUUACUAUAAAAACAAAAAACUACGUUUUACCGGCAAACUCAACAGUAGUAAUUAUACCAUAUAAAAUUCACCGUGAUCCAGAAGUAUACAAAAACCCGGACAAGUUCGAUCCUGACAAUUUCUUGCCAGAGUAUACACAGCGCCGACACUACUACAGCUUUAUACCUUUCAGUGCCGGGCCUAGAAGCUGUAUCGGUCGUAAAUAUGGAAUGUUAAAAUUAAAAGUGCUGAUAUCAACAAUACUACGAAAUUACGAAAUAAUAUCGAAAGUGCCACAGGAAGAUUGUCUCCAAGCUGACAUUAUUUUAAAGAUAUCCGAUGGAUUCAAAAUCAAUAUUGAACCAAGAAAAAGAAUUAUAAAUGAUAUUAGUAUUGUCAUUAGUGCAAUACGUCUUAAUUAUUAUUAUAAACGAUUAUUUGAUAACAGUACUAAAUAUUAUUUCAUUCCAUUUUAUAUUAGUACAAAAAACAAAACCGUUCAGUGCUGUUUUUUCAAAAAGGAAUUGCACAACCACAGUGUCAGACGACUGCAGUGUUUGUUUUCCUUCAGCACCAUGUCGCUGGUAAUUGAACAAGAACAAAUCUAUCAAUAUGACAUCACCAGACUUCUUUUCUAUUUUCUCGUGAUCAUCAUGUGUGGACUAUGGUUACUGUACAGAAGACAACAACAGUCCAGGCUGUAUAAAUUGGGUAAUAUGAUUCCUGGUCCCCCUCCACUGCCUUUACUUGGCAACUCUUUGCUAGCAUUCGGGAAGAAACCGUCAGAUAUAAUGCAAAUUGCACUGAAACUUUCAAAGAAAUAUAUAUCCAUUGGCCGUAUUUGGAUCGGUUCCAAACUGAUCAUAUUCCUCAGUGAACCUGAUGAUGUGGAAGUUAUUCUCAAUAGCCAUGUCCAUAUAGACAAAUCAGCAGAGUAUCGAUUCUUUAAACCAUGGCUGGGUGAGGGCCUGCUAAUUAGUUCAGGUGAAAAGUGGAGAUCACACCGUAAAAUGAUUGCCCCAACUUUUCAUAUCAAUAUUCUAAAAUCAUUUGUAGGCACAUUUAAUGAAAAUAGUAAAAAUGUUGUCGAAAAAAUGCGGUCGGAAAUUGGUAAAACAUUUGAUGUGCACAACUAUAUGAGUGGAGUCACUGUGGACAUUUUACUUGAAACUGCCAUGGGGAUGACAAGAAAUACUCAAGAGCAAUCUGGUUUAGACUACGCUAUGGCCGUUAUGAAAAUGUGUGAUAUCAUUCAUCAAAGGCAUUACACAUUGUGGAUGCGAUUUGAUUCUAUAUUCAAAUUUAGUUCUUUUUUCAAGCAACAAACUAAAUUACUUAGUAUUAUUCAUGGACUUACUAAUAAGGUGAUUAAAGAAAAAAAACAAGUAUAUGUAGAUAAUAAGACAAAGGGUAUAGUCCCACCUACAUUAGAAGAAUUAACAAGGCCAUGUGACAACGAUAUCUCUAGUGAUGGAAAAAGUAUUUCCGAUAAUGUUUUCAAAGGCUAUCGUGACGAUUUGGAUUUCAACGACGAAUACGACGUUGGUAUAAAGAAACGUCUCGCCUUCUUGGAUCUUAUGAUUGAGUCAGCACAAAAUGGUACAAAUAAUAUUACAGAUCAUGAAAUAAAGGAUGAAGUGGACACUAUAAUGUUUGAGGGUCAUGAUACAACAGCAGCUGGCUCCAGUUUCGUUUUGUCAUUACUCGGCAUUUAUCAAGACGUUCAGAAAAAAGUUUAUGAUGAAUUAUACGAAAUUUUCGGUGACUCUGAUCGAGCAACCACUUUUGGUGAUACUCUUAAAAUGAAAUAUCUUGAGAGAGUCAUUCUGGAAUCUCUAAGGCUGUACCCGCCAGUACCUAUGAUUGCUAGAAAACUGAAGCGUGAUGUUAAAAUAAUUACAAACAAUUAUGUACUGCCGGCUGGUUCAACAGUUGUAAUUGGUACGUACAAAAUACACCGAUCACCUAAGUACUACAAAAACCCCGAUAAAUUUGAUCCCGAUAACUUUUUACCGGAAAAUACGCAGAACAGACAUUAUUAUAGCUUUAUUCCAUUCAGUGCGGGACCCAGAAGCUGUGUUGGUCGCAAAUAUGCUAUAUUAAAACUUAAGGUGCUAUUGUCGACGAUAUUGCGUAACUACAAAGUGGUGUCUGAUAUAUCCGAAGAACAGUUCAUACUGCAGGCCGAUAUCAUACUCAAAAGGACAGACGGCUUCAUGAUCAAGAUAGAGCCUAGAAAAAGGAUUCCAUCUACUGCUUAGUUUUUUUUUCUAAUUUUUUAAUGAUUAUUGUUUUCCGAUGUGGAACCGAUUGCAGCAUCAUUGUAAUCUGUUUACGACUACCACAAUUUUACUCAUAAUCUGCCGAUUAUAAGUAAAUCGCACCCAGUAUCAUUUAUCUUCAUAUGAAUCUGAUUCAACUAAUUUGCUUAUUGAUAUAGAAAUUAACGGAACACCACGAUUUGAAUGUACCAAUCAUGCGUCGAAUUUUGACGAUUAUAGAUUGCUUUAUAAAUAAAAAAUAGAACUAUAUAAAGAAUAUAAUCGUACAAAAUGUAAAAAAAAUUAAAUGUAAAAAAUAUACACCAAGGAGAGAAAAUUACAAAUUAAUUAAAUAAAGAGCCAUAGUUAAUGAUUAUAAACAAUAAAAGAUACCUCCAGUAGUGCACUAUAAUUUAUUCGAGUAAUUAAUA